AUUUGAGUAAAAUUCUCCCUCCGGCAGUGUGAGUGUCUGCUCUCCGAUCCCGACGGCGUUGCAGCUACUGACCGUUGGCUAAGCUUUAGUUGGACUUUGAGCUUUUUUAUAUCAGAUUUGAAAGCUCAUAAUUGGAGCCAUUUGAAAAUUUCGCAAGAUGAUUCAUUCAUUCCGGAGAACAAAAUGGCUGGCCUUGGUGAAGAUUCCGGUGGUGUAUAAUCCGACGCAGUUUUCUUCUGUAUUGAGUUCAGAACGGCUUAGGUAUUUGUCUGCUCUGGUUUCGGCUCAGGACAGCAGAAAAUCAUCUUUUAGCGUAUCUACUUUGAUUGGUAGUGCUCCUGAGUCUGAUGUUGGGCGUCUGAAAUUGCCGAAGAAGGCAAAAUCAGUGUUGAAGUUCCUCGAAGAUUAUGGUUUCUCUGAAUCUCAGAUCAAAUCCAUUGUUUCUCGAAGGCCACAAAUCCUCCAAUGCGAUCCCGAGAAAAUCCUGAAGCCGAAAGCAGAGUUUCUCUUCUCGAAAGGGAUAUCAAAGCUUGAUUUCACGAGAAUAGUUUCAGGGGAACCAACGGCUCUAACCCGCAGUCUCGAGAACCAUAUAAUACCUCUAUUCGAUUUCCUGAAGGAUGUGAUUGGUAGCGAGGAGUUGGUGCUACCCGUAUGUGUUCCGCUCCAACAUAAGGGAAUCCCUCGAACUGAAUACCAAGAAGUUGCAAAAUGCCGGGGUACCCCAAGCGCGGAUCACCUUGCUGAUAAUUUACCAACUUAGAGCUAUUGCCAUGAAAGCAUCAAGGUUCAACGAAGCCUUCACCAGAGUUAGAGAAAUGGGUUUUGAACCGACGGAAACCAACUUUGGAAAUGCCGUUGCGGCAAUCGGAUGGUGUAGUAAGUCGGUCUGGGAAGGGAAAAUGAAUCUUUUCAGGAGCUAUGGCUUAUCCGAUUCAGAGAUCUUGAAAGGGUUCAAGAAGCAACCGAGGAUCAUGAUGUUCCGACAAGAGAACACGAUAAAAAAGAUGAAUUUCUUCAUCAAGAGAUUGCAUUGGUGCCCUCAGAAGGUGAUGAUGGCUCCGCAUGUUUUGUUGCCGAGCUUUGAGAAGAGAAUAAUUCCUCGGCUCUCUGUUCUGUAUCUUUUGGUAACCCGAGGAGAGGUUGAGGAGAAGGAGAUCAGCUCGGUUAUGAAUUUUCUGAAAAUGGCUGAAAGAGAGUUUGUGGAGAAGUUUGUUGCGGCGUACAAAGAUCGAAUCCCUCAGAUCUCGGAGGCUAACGAGGGGAAGCUGAAGAUGGAGGAGAACCUUCAUACACUAAACAAGGUGUUCAUCAGGAACGAGUUCUUGGCAGGUGAGGAGGUGACAUUAUGAAGCAUUGGCAUGGCUUUGAUCUUUUUAAUAAGCACUCUCAUAAUGUAAAUAUUAGCUCUUUUUAAAAAAAAUAUUUGGGGAAUAUGAUGUAAAGGGUAGGUCCAAUUUAUUUUGGUUUUAUCCUUCAAAAAAAAAAUA